AUGAUUAAGACUGAAUCGAUUGAUUUUCAUUCGUAUUUACCACCCUACAGAUCGUUACUAACUCCCAAUGCCAGGUAUGACUAUAAAACGCAUACAUUGGUCCCCAUUAAGGAACAUGAUCUUCGGGCACUUACAUCGAUGAAUUUGGGAGGCAAACACACUACCACAUCAAAGAUCAAGAUGAAAUAUAAAUCUUUGCUAAGUGAUGUGAGCAAAAGGACUUCGAUCUUGUCGUUACGUAUAGGAUCCACUGCCAAUGCAAAACAGACCCCUAUCGGUGUGAAAAGUUUGCCAAGCGAAGUAUUGGAGUAUAUUUUUGAAUUAGUUGAUUCAGAAGAGGCUUACAUAAAUUGUAUGUUGGUUUGUAAACAGUUCUACCAGGUUUCAAAGCCUUUUCUAUAUGAGGACUUAUCUUUUACCUCGACAUACCGUUUUGCACAGUUCAUUACUUAUCUAAGAGUGAAUCCCGAAGUGGGGCAAUACAUCAAAUCGGUUGAUUUGUCGCAAAUCAAGCACGGAGAGCCCGAUGACUAUGAAGAUGAGAACAGGGAGUUGGAACAAACCCACACCAGUACAUCACAUGGUGAUAGUGAUACCUUAAAUUCAGUUUCCAGGAUUCUAGCUGGCUGGAGAGACUGGAAGUAUAAAAAUAACCCAUUAUAUUCGAUCCAGCCGUAUUUGAACUUGACAAAGGUUAACUCUAAUUCUCAGACGCUGUCAAAAUCGUCCAAAACAACAAAUUCAAUGAAGAUGUUGCGACUCUCCAAGACACUUAGCUAUUUCAAGCCCAAAAAGCGCCAAAAGCUCAAUAGUUCUCGAAAUAAGAAUAGAGCACACCCCCCCUUACAAACCUUGAAUCUAGGAAAUCGAAGGAAUAAUUCACAUCCUCAAAUCAAUAAGUUUUUAAUGAACUAUUCCGCCUCAAAAGACCUACCAAUUGGCUAUAUUCUUCAUUUAAUCUCGUUAUGCCCUAACAUUAUAUCCUUAAACCUUGGAAAUUUAUCCCUUUCUACUGAUUAUGAAAUUAGUAGAUCAAUGAUGUAUAAGUUCAGAACCUUCGAUCUUAUGGACAAUUAUCCAAAGGAAACAGCGGCUACUAUUAAUGGAAUUAUGAAUCAUAAUAAUAAAUCAAAUGAAGAGUCUUUAUUCGGCUUCAAUCAAGAGAAAAACUCCUUCACGUCGUUAUCUAUCUUGAAUAUUAAUGACGCCAAAUCUCAACAAUUGCAGCAAUCAAGGCAAAAUCCUACUUCUUCGGCUUCAUCUGUAUAUUCAGUUGCAUUUUCUAAACCGAUUGUCAAAUAUAAUAGUUUAUUACCUCCAUUGCCGCCAGCAAUCCAUGACCUUUCAUAUAUGAAUAAAGGCGAUGGAAAAGUGUACUUGAGUGAUUUGAAUUUGAAGUCCAUGAAUAAUAAUUACUUGACAAAAUUAAGUGAAAAUGAGAUUCUUCACGCAAUAGCUAAAGCACAUAGCAGUUCGGAUGGCCCAUAUGGAAAUAGAUUAAAGUACAUUAACCUAUCAUCAAUGAUUUGGCUUACCAAAACUUCAGCCCAGCGAUUUUUAGACCAAAUUGUGAAUAAAUGUCUAUGGGAGGAAUCGUACUUCUCGGAUGCUGAGACUGUUAAUUCAGACUCAGAUUCAGAGAUAAUUGGACAAGACCUAGUCAUUGACUUGCGUGAUUCUGGUAUGUAUAAGAAUCUUGAAUGGGCCAAAUUAAUCGAUUUAAAUCAAAGUGAAGGUCGCAGAUUAAUCAAGAGGAUUAUAAACGAUGAUGUGCUCAAUACUUUUGAUGAAUUUAUGAGGAGAGAAAGACUAAGAAGAGGUAGGAUUGGUGAGAAUUACCUUAAUUGA